AUGAGUCUGGAUCUUCCUUUUGCUCCUCAGAGCGUGCUCGAGUUCCGACCCAGGGCAGACAGUUAUUGUUACAAGAUAUUCGAAAUGGACGCUAGUUCGGAUUGCGGCACCACAGCUGACCAUCUCUGCGUGCUGGUUCACGGUCUCUGGGGGAACCCGUCGCAUCUGGACUACGUCGCCUCUGCGCUUCGUGAACGACAUGGGGCCGAUCGAUUAUAUAUUCUCGCUGCACAGCGCAACUCCGGAAGCUAUACCUACGAUGGAAUCGAGCUGGGCGGCGAGCGGGUCGCGCACGAGAUCGAAGAGACCCUCGAGCAGCUCUCGAACAAGGGCUAUCAGAUCAAGAAGCUUAGCAUCGUCGGGUAUUCGCUGGGUGGACUGGUUGCUAGGUAUGCUAUUGGUCUGCUCCAGGCAAACGGGUGGUUGGACAAGGUCGAACCGGUCAAUUUCACCACGUUCGUGUCCCCCCAUGUCGGCGUGCGCUCGCCGAUUAAGGGAUUUCCCAAUCACAUAUGGAAUGUACUCGGAGCACGCACAGUCUCCAUGUCAGGGAGACAGAUGUUCAUGAUCGAUGACUUCCGUGGCACGGGCAAACCGCUGUUGAGUGUGCUGGCCGAUCCCAAUAGCAUCUUCAUGCGGGGGCUGGCCAAAUUCCGACAUCGUACUGCAUAUGCAAAUAUUGUCAAUGAUCGAUCUACUGUUUUUUAUACCACGGCCAUGUCGAAAACGCAUCCGUUUCCAUACCCCGAAAAGAUAACCUUCAACUACAUCAAAGGAUACGAGCCCGUCGUCAUCGACCCGGAUAUGCAUGUUCUUCCACCGGCGCCACAAGAAAUCUCGCAAGGAGGAGAGAGCGCGUCAGUUCUCUCCAAUAUCACAAAGCAGAUUCGUACCUUCUUCGGCGCUGCUCCGUUUUAUAUCUUCAUUACCAUUUUCAUCCCCAUCGGCGCUGUGUUAUUUCUGCUGAAUUCGGUCGUUCAGAAUCAGUUGAGUCGGAAUCGGAUUAGGAUGUAUGAACAGGGCAAGACAUAUCUACUUCCAGGACGCUACAGAGUUCCCUUGGUCAUGCAAGAUGUGCGAGGCGCCGUUGAGGAUGUGUUUGAGAAUAUCAACGCCUCGCAGGGCAACGAAUAUUUAUCGGAGCGCGAUGAGGAAUACACCAAGCAAAGAACACAACAGCGUCGGCUUAGUCGGCAAAAGUCUAUAUCAUCUGGAGAAGAAAAGAAUCGGCCAGGUCCUGUCCAGCAGCAACAACAACCUGCCGAGGCUGACGAUGAGUCCGAGUUUCCGAUCCUGGCGCUGACCCCAGCCCAGUUUGAUAUUAUUGACUCCCUCAACGCGGUUGGGUUCAAGAAAUACCCGGUCUAUAUCCACAAGGUGCGCCACAGUCACGCCGCGAUUAUAGUCCGCAUGCCCAAGCCCGGGUUUUCGGAGGGAAAGAUUGUGGUACAGCACUGGCUGGACCAGGAGUUCUAUAUUUGA